UUCUCUCUCUCUCUUACUUUUCUCACUCAAAACUUGCAAAAGUUUUGAUUUUGAUUGAUUUCAUGGAAACCCCAAAUGAGUUUAUGGGAUCUAAUGAUCAGAUUCAUGUGGUUGCUGUUAAAGGUCGUCGGAACAAGCGUAUGCGUCUUAUUUGUGGUGGUUUUGAGGUGACUUCCUCCUCCUCUUGCGGCGGUGGAGGCGGCGGAGAGGAAUUCCCCGCCGCUUCUUCCUAUGUCUCCGGUGAAAUUAGUACUGAGGAGGAAGAGGAUAUGGCGAAUUGUUUGAUUCUUUUGGCUCAAGGAGACGGCCAUCGCCGGCAGAGGCAAGCGCUUCACGACCGUACAACAACAGGGUUUUAUGUUUAUGAGUGCAAGAUAUGUAAUCGGCGUUUCAAUUCGUUUCAAGCCCUCGGCGGCCACCGUGCUAGCCAUAAGAAGCCUAAGCCGCCGGCGCCGAUCGUUGCCACUGCCACCGCCAUGGCGGUGGAGGAACGAGUAGAGGCAGAAUUCAACAAGAUGGUUCCCGUCGCCGCCGCCGCCGCCGCCGUAACGAACUUUCAAAUCCAAAAGGGAGGAAAAGUUCAUGAGUGUUCUAUUUGUGGAUUGGAAUUUAGUUCAGGGCAAGCGUUGGGAGGGCACAUGAGAAGGCACAGAGCCACGGCGGCGGUGACGACGGCACAACAAGAAAACCACCAUAAUUCUUCAGGGGAGAUUAAGCGAAGGAACAUUCUAGAAUUGGAUCUGAAUUUACCGGCGCCGGAGGAGGAUCUCCGGGAGACAAAGUUUCAAUUUACGGCAACCCCACAAACAAUUGUAUUCGCAGCACCAACUUUGGUGGAUUGCCAUUAUUGAAGAAAUUACAAUAUUGGAUUAUUAAUGCUUUGUUUUAAUUACUUAAUAGUGAUUAAAUAUUCUUUGAAGCUAUAAUGAAAUUGUUGGUUUUUUGGUGUUCA